AUGACAUCGUUGUUUCGAUCCGCACCUUUGAUCUCGACACCCUCGCCAUCUUCGAUCGCAGUCGCUCACUACGGACCGGCAUCUGGCGCUGGAGCAGGGGUCGGAGACAGUGGUGGUGGGGCGAUCGCGGCUAAUUCGACGUCGCGGUCUCACCUUCUGUCGCAGAAGCAGGCCCAAUCGGAAUCCACCCCGAUUACUGUCGAAACAGCUACAUCUCUGAUGAUAGCCGAUGCACCGCCGAUCGCGACCAACUCGGCGCUGAACAAGGUCGCUUCGGCGUCUUCGUCCUUGUACCAGAACUGUCGGGUGGUGCUCAUGCGCCUACGCCGUGUGCCUGGCUUCGCCGAACGCUUCUUGGACGGACCAGCGACGGCGGAAGCCGAAGCGGUGCUCGGACUUUCAAGCGAUCCCGUAUCACGAUCUCUUCACACAUUGCGUCUGGGAUCCUCCCUAUGCUUCCUCUUCAAUGCUCUCGGCCUCGACCACCAACUGGAAAUCAAUCCGAAAGCGACGAUCUCAAAUCUCAAAGCGUGCCAGCGGGGGACCGCUCACUUCAUCAUGGCGUGUAAGCAAGAUCUCAAGUGGCCCGACGGCCAACUUUUUGCAAUUCACGAGCUGUAUGGACAGGACACGAACGGGGUUGUUAAGGUGAGUUUUUGAGCAGACUGCUUUGCCAAGCUGUCGGAAGGCACCUACUCAUGGCGGCUUCCCCAAUUCGCUGCAGGUCAUCCACACCGUGAACUUGCUGCUCGAUAUGCUCCAGAUACAAGGGGCCCUUCUUGAGCCUGUUGCCGAGUCUGAUCCGGUGAAGCCGACUAGUGGGCCUUCCGACGAGCGAACAAUGAUCGUGCGCGAGAUCUUGGACUCGGAACGGAAAUAUGUUCAGGAUCUGGAGGUGCUACAGGUGAGUCUUGUGGAGUGGGAAGCCAUUUCCUCGGGCCGCUUAUUUACCUAAGGUUGUACGAUACCCCUGGGCGCUGUGCUCGUGCAGGAUUACCAACGACAAGUUCAAGCGAAUGAGGUUCUAUCGCAAGAUCAAGUGCACGCGCUCUUCCUCAACCUCAACACACUGGCAGAUUUCCAACGCCGAGUACUGAUCGGUGUAGAGGCAAAUGCCUCGCGGCCGCCAGAGGAGCAACACUUUGGGAACUUGUUCUUGCAGAUGGUACAUGACCUACGCCCCUAGCGUCUCUUGCGAUGAUGACUACGCCCUGAUGCCUCGAGCCGUUCUUUCCCCUCCCCCCUAGGAGGAGCACUUUUCUAUCUACGAGCCGUAUUGUGCCAACCUGACUUCUGCGCAAGAGUUGGCGAUGGCAGAAAAUGCAGCCCUUUCGGUGAGCUGGUUCGGGAAGUGUGAAGGGCCAGCACUGGGUGACUUAAGCAAUUCGUCCCGAUCCCUUGCAGCGGUUGGCGCAUGUGCUCGAUCCCAUUUCGGAGUUGGCACCGCUCCUUAUCAAACCCGUUCAGCGAAUAUGCAAAUAUCCUCUGCUUAUUGGUGUACGUCAGGAUUUGGACGUUAAGCUGAGCUCGAGGGCCGUUUCUCACCUGACUGAGAUCGGUAUUCAAUGGUUUGCGCAGUCGCUUCUCAAGAACACGCCCGAAGAGUCGCCCUAUCAUGGAGAGCUCAAGGCGGGGCAUGCUGCCAUCAUGCGAGUGACGGACCGAGUCAACGAGAUGAAACGUCGCGAAGAAAAUCAUCAAGCUGUGAUGGAUCUCAGAAAACGAGUCGAAGAUUGGAAGGGGCACGACAUCGACUCGUUCGGCGAGCUUCUGCUUCACGACGUUUUCAAUGUUCAAAAGAAUGAUUCGGAGCGCGAGUACUUCGUGUACCUCUUUGAACGCAUCAUCCUGUGCUGCAAAGAGGCUGCUCCUGUGGGUAGGAGAAGUGGGCGGGCUGGGUCCGUCAAGGGCAAGACGGGGAGUCGCAAGGUCCCUGGUUUGGUGUUGAAGGGUCGCAUUUUCGUGCACAAUGUGACAGGUAAAACGGCGACGCAUCGCACAUGUGAGUCUUCGAGAGCCCCAAGUCUCCUGUCCCCACUCUGCUCACUAUUCGCGGGCGCCUGGCUUGUUCGACUCCCUAGCUCAAAACCUUCUCGAGAUCCGAUGGCGGGGCGAUGUGGGUGAAGAGGCGUUUACCAUCAAAUGUCGAAGUGAGGACGUGCUCAAGCAUUGGGAGAAAUCGGUCGCCAAGGCCGUGGACGAAGUGGCGACCCGCCGUCGUACGAACCAUCUGUCGGCCAGUCGAAGAUCGGAGAUGUCAACAAACCCGUCCUUGUCCAGCUUCCAGGGCGACAGCAUGUCCUCGCCGUAUGCUUGGCACGGCUCAAUGCUCCCCAGCGCAGGACCCAGCAGCAGCAACGGCGACGACUCAGAGUUCAUCUCCGAAUCUGGUCGAUCGACGCCGAACAGCACAAUGUACGCCGGCCUUACGCGACAUGCUUCCGGCAGCAUUCGAUCGAUUCCGAUCGAUGCGCGUGGAAGAGUGCAAGCAGAAGACCCCAAAGACUCAAAGACGAGUCGUCCACCCCUCAUCCUGAACAUCGCAGCACCGUCGUCGGUUGCGAAUGGAGUAAUACGACUGCGACCGAACGCCAGCGACGAGCGCAUAGCGUCUCCUGCAAAGUUGACCCGGUCAAAGUUCACCAGCGGGACCCAUACGCCAGCUCACGGCGCCGGAUCUCCCAUCGAGCAGGUGAAGCCCUCGAACGCUAUGUCUCAGCCUUCGCCACCUCGAGGACCGGUUCUGGCUCGAACACGCUCCGCAAGCAGUCCCGUAGAAUCCACCAAAUCAAUAUUGGGCGACAGCUUGCCACAGGUCUUGGAUUCAGAGUGGUCCGUGCGCGGUGGCGAUCAACACCGCGCCACCCAUCCCUACGCAAGUAAGUCGAGUCCGGUCGAAGAGCUUACUUCGGCCAAAGUGAUGGGCGGUCACAAGCCAGGAGGCACGAACUCGGGUGCGACGCUGGCGUCCCAAUCCUCGGCAACCUCAUCGAACCUGAAACGAUUCAGCUCAUCCAGUAUCGGUACCGAUCGCUCCUCAGCGACCUCGAGCAUGUCAACAAGUCAGCCCGCAACGAAUGGGCACUUUCCGUCACCUUCGUCGCUUCUACAAUUCUCGGUUCAGCACGAGACAUAUCCCUCGGGGAGAGCCAUUUCUUCGACGAUGUUCCGAAUUAAAAUCAACUUUGGGAACGACACGUUCAUAGUCGUAGCUUCGGGCCGGGUCUCGCACCGUGAGCUCCUGGACAAGGUGCUCAAGAAACUACGUCUCUGCGGUCACGCGACUCGGGACAGCACCGGUCUGCGACUUCGUUACGAGGACGAAGACGGGGACCGUAUCCUCAUUGGGAACGACUCGGACUUGCAAAUCGCUUUGGAAGAUCUGGAAGAGUCGACCACGACGGGUCAGCCGACUCUUGUCUUGUUCGCCAACCUCUACGCUUAA